AUGACAGACUACGCACAAGAAUUUACCGAAAUGACAGAGGUCGCAAAAACUAUGAUACCGCUGAUGAGGGAUAUGGAUGACAGAUCCAUCACCGAAAAGUGGAUAAACAGAGCGAAGGCUCUGCAGAGCAGGGACGUGAACGUGUUGAAACACCGGAACAAUUUCAUGAAAUAUUUCAUGGGAGUCGUCAGGCGGACGAUCGCCGAGACCGGACAAAAUCCUACUUGCUGCAAUUGGGGAAAACCCGAGCCAGGACCUUUCGAUAAGCCAAUGCCUCCCCCUAAACCUCUUCCAUAUCAAUGCCACUGGACACCGGACAAACGGACCUACGUGGCCAUUCAACCUUUGCCAAACAGAGGUGCUAUGGUCUACAUGGCUGUGGCAGAGAAACCGGAACUCGGUUGGGAUUUUCCCAAAAAAGAAAAGUUAUAG